AUUGCAAUGAAUGGUUACGAACGUGAAGCCUAGUAUGUAGUCUAACGGCAAAGGUUGCCAAUUCGGUUGGAAACGUAGGUCGGAUCCGAGUCCGAGUCGGGCGACGUGCAUCUCGGUCCACUUUGAAACGCGCCCUUAUAAAUCUGUCUGCACUGAAACGCGUCCCUCUCCGAGCUCUGCUUACCAUCAGACUAAAGUAUGGAAAGUCAUGUUGAUGUGCUUAUCGUGGGUGCUGGACCAGCAGGGGUGAUGUGCGCUAAUGCACUUGCUGCCGCUGGGGUUCAUGUCAAAAUUGUAGACCAAAGACCAUUAAAAGUAUCAACAGGACAAGCGGACGGCAUUCAACCGAGGACGAUUGAAGUUCUUCAGAGCUACGGCCUCGCGGAGCGCUUGCUCAAGGAAGGUUGCCAAAUGCACAUGUGUGCAUUCUAUAACCCUGAUGAUGGCGGUGUUCUCGCACGUACGGGACGCGCGCCUGACAUCACUGCUCCGACAGCUCGCUAUCCUUUUGAGGUCCUGCUCAACCAAGGAGCUGUCGAGCAAAUUUUUGUCGAUUCCAUGGCCAGUCACGGUCUCACAGUCGAUCGCCCCAUCGUACCUGCUUCGAUUGAACUGUCCGACGAUUCAGAGCAACUUGAAGAUCCGUUUAGUUAUCCAGUGAAGGUCACUUUAGAUCAUCUAGAUACCCCUGGAAAACAAGAGAUAGUGCACGCUCGUUAUGUCGUAGGUUGUGAUGGAGCCCAUUCAUGGGUACGAAAGACUCUGAACAUCACUAUGGAUGGGGAGCAGACAGAUUAUAUCUGGGGUGUUGUUGAUAUCGUAGCCGACACGGAUUUCCCGGACGUCCGUAACCGAAGUGCCAUCCACUCCACGAAUGGAUCGUGCAUGAUCAUACCGCGCGAAGGGGACAAAGUACGUUUCUACAUCCAGCUGUCUGACAGCGAUGUUUUGGAUCCGGUUUCUGGGCGGGUGGAUAAAAACAGGAUGAGCCCAGAGAAAUUAUUGGAUGUUGCUAGGAAGAUAUUGCAUCCCUACAAAGUUGAUGAACCAAAGAAGUAUGAUUGGUGGACGAUUUACAUCAUCGGACAACGCGUGGCGUCAAGAUUUUCUGUCAACGAACGAAUUUUCAUUGCGGGAGAUGCAUGUCAUACACAUUCUCCCAAGGCUGGACAGGGCAUGAAUGCCAGUAUGAACGAUACGCACAACCUCGCAUGGAAACUCGCACAGGUUUUAAGGGGCCGAGCAGAUAUUUCCUUAUUGAAAACGUAUGAACUCGAGCGUAGAAAAUACGCACAAGAUCUGAUCGACUUCGAUCGCGAGUUCUCCACCUUGUUUUCAGGAAAGCCAAGGACGGUCGAUAACGACGAUGGUGUGUCGCAUGAACAAUUCCUGAGAGCUUUCCAGGCUGGUGGUGGAUUUACGAGUGGCAUCGGUGUCCAUUAUAUGCCCUCCGCUAUCACGAAUGCAACGCACCAACAAUGUGCACCUCACCUUAUCAUCGGCGAACGUAUGCCCCCCCAAGUAUUCGUCCGCGCGGCAGAUGCGCGUCCCUACGACAUCCAGGACAUGAUCCCGUCUGAUACGCGGUUCAAACUUCUGUUUUUCGUCGGCCACUUAACAGAGGAUCGUGUCAGAGAACUGAAAUUCCUCUCAGAGGGAUUGUCAGACCCCUCAAGUUUCCUGCAGAAGUACGGUUAUCCCUCGCAGGGGGUAGCUCAAAGCAUGUUCGACAUCAUCACUAUCAUGUCUGGUGACAAGGGAGAGAUUGAAUAUACUCGUGUACCUGCGUUGCUUAGGCCCCACUGGUCCAAAGUUUUGCUGGAUGAUACUGAUGUCUCGGGAAAACUAGGCGGUGGAGCAUACAAGAGGUUCGGCAUUGACCCAAGGGGUAUAACAUUGGUCGUCAUCCGCCCUGACGGGUAUGUUGGCAUGAUUGCACCUGCAAGUGCGUUGGACGACGUCGACAACUACUUCGCGGCUUUUACAAUUCCUCAAGAGGGCGCUGUUGAGGAGGCCUAGCGCUCCGCGAAGCUAGACCUGGUGAAGUACCAUCUUGGACUCCUACGAACAGCAUGUACAUUUAACUGUGAUUAAUGAUCAAUAACAUUGUAGAAUUACGAUCCCAA